CAAAUGUGGCGGGAGAUUCUGACAGCUAAUCAACAUGGAUGACAAUCAAGACGAAGAUGUUAUUUUCGAGUAGGUCAAAGGUUACAGGCAUGCUGACCUCGAACACAAAAAGUUUGUUAGAUUGAUUUCUAGAAUCUGCUUAGGCAUAUGGUACUCAAACAUGGUUGGUCAUGACUAGCAGAUGACCUCCUUUGAUUCUCAGGGUUCUCCAUUAUAUGAUAGUUUGAUGAAGACUGGUUCACUCGCAGAAGAGCUCUAUUUUGUAGAAAAACAUCAUAAAAAGAACUUGACCUAUGGUGAUGAAGAAGUAUCUCCACAAAAGAAGCCGAGAAGUGUUUGGAUGAAAGCAGUGUCUUUGUUUCAUUUGCUGAGACUUUUUGUAUCUCCAAAGGUGUUCGAUAUUAAAAGCAAUUGUCAGAAAGGCCUGGUAACAGUGCUGAAAACUAGCCCGUUACUACAAGAGGAUGAUGCAGACUUUCUUCACUGUUACAUAAGGAAUGUGGACCAGACUGAAACAUGUCAAAAUAUACAGGACAUUGUGUUCAAAUAUUUGAAGAACUUUUCAGUACCAUACCUGUGUUCUUUCAUAUACCUACACAUGUUUCGACCAAACGUCCUCUCGACAACUUCUUGGACAGCCCCUACAUCAUAUUCUCUCGCAGGGAUUUGUUCAACAACCCUCAUCAUUAGUGUGUGGCAUACUGUGACAAGAUUUCACCAAAUAUAUUUGCAUAGAGACAAGAUUGACCAGGUUGAAGAGUUUCUAACCAGGAAUAAGAAUUUUACUAUGGCCUGUAAGAAAUGCUUGAGGCUCAUACAGGAGACGGAACUGGUAGCAAGAGGUUUCACACUUGUCAGCCAGAGGAAUCCCCUGUCAAGAUUAGAACUAAACGGGAAGAACGAUGUUACCAUGGUAACAAGGCAGUGCCCAGGGCUAAGGAGACUAGUGUUCACGGUUGUCAGGGAUGCCAUGCUGACAUAUAGGAGUACAAUACAGAAACUACUUGAACUAUAUCCACUGGGCUCUGAGCUGGAUGUCAAGGGAAGUUAUCUAGCUUACGAACCCUUGAAGAGUUAUGGUCCAUGUCUACAGGAAGAUAUCGUUGAUGAGGAGUUGUAUUCUUUGACUGAUGGAUACUCUGUAGUAGCUUUGAAAGGUGUAUUUCAUCUCUUCACAUUGCACCAGUCUGAGAUGAUUAAAUCCCUGGCUCUAGUUUACAACAGCAGUGUGGACAUCCAAGUGGAGAAGUUACACACAUUUCUUAUGGAUACUGGUGACAGCCUAACCAGUUGGACUGGUUCCCUGCAGAAAGCCUAUGAUUUCAACAACAGCAGUUGGCAAACCACUGAACCAGUCAGCAGAAGCCCUCCACAGCACUCAGAUGGUGAAAAUGUCCUGGUGGCGGUACACAGUCUGGACCUUCACCUGCAGGCUGCCUUGAAAAGGGUGAGAGAACUGUCAAACCAAUUAGAGCAGUCCAGUGAUGAGGGCCAAUCAGACGCCAAUCUCAAGUCACAUGACUUCCCAAGUCUUAUGCUGCCAAUCAAAUCAGAGCUGGAGUCUUGCAAGGGAUGCUGGGAAGAAGCUCUGUUAAGAAUUGAAAAUGUCACUGGAAAGGUCAAGAAAGAUGUCUCACCUGAAGGUGGUAACAGUGCAGAGAAAGUGGAGGAUAAACCUCCCCUGGCCGAAAGUCCCACCAGAGAGGUUGAAGACUACAUUAUUGAAGACCAGGUGUUUGAGGCGUACACAGAUCCAAAUGAGGUUAUAUCUGACCACCAAUGGGAGAAACCUUUGACAGCAGAGGAAAAGGCCAAAAAGAAACGGGAAAGAGAAGAAGCAAUGCGGGUGUUAACAGAGCUGAAAUCUGUGAUCUCCGUGAGGGCAGUGGAAGUGAACAAGAGAGAGCAAGCAGCACUGAAGAAGAUGUAUCCGCAAUACCAGGACGACUCAGAGACUGCACAGUCUAAGGAAGAGAGAAAUGGUAUGAAGGAAGGAAUGGUGGACAACUUGGGACAUGCAACUGAUGGUGGAUAUAAAAGUUUAAUGGGGAGCAAAGAUGUUUGUAUUGAUGGUCAUGGUAAAACUGACCACACAGACAAUGACACCAAUGGUGGUCAAUAUACUAAAAAGGAAAUCAAAAAUGGUUGUACUGAUAAAAGUGGUAAAACUGACAACAAAGUCAAUGACUCUGAUGACAGUGGUAAAAUAGUUUCACAAGAUAGGAAAGGUUGGAGUGUUGAAAGUAUUGAUAAACAUGAACAGAAAAAUAUUGAUGGUGAUAAAUGUUUUCAAGAAACAAGAGGAACAGAAGUUGCUGAAUCAGAACCUGAGGGCAUCAAUAAAUAUGAUGAUAAUGUUGACCAGAAACGUUUUGACAUUUUUGAUAAAGAUAGGACUGAAGGAACACCAGCUAAUGAUAUGUCUGCAAAAACUGAAAUUUGUUUUAAAGAUGAAAAAAUAAAAGAUGACUUGAAGGUCAAAUUUCAUUCAGAAAACCAGGAUCUAGAAGAUAUAAGAACUAAAAGAGAUGUUAAUUCUUAUGUGUCCAGAGCUGGUGUUAGAAGAAUAAGGAAGAGUAACAUGCUUGAAAUGUGUGAAAUGUGUGAUUCAGACUCUGACACAGAGGCAAACAAAGAUAUAGAUUACUAUUAUAAUGAUUCAGAUGAAGAAAUUGAAGAUUCAGGAAGAAGAAUAGGACUUCCUUUAAUGGAUUUAAUUGGUAAUAGAAAGGAUAAAGAAGUUGAACCUGAAGAGUUUGGUAAUGAAAGUGACAGUGAAAGUGCAGAUUUAGAUGAAUUUAGGACUGAUGUUAGAAUGCCAAUGUUAACACUUGAAGAUAGGUUAGGUAAGCUAGCAGGUGGGAACUAUGGUUUUUCAUCAGAUGUAGCCUCGGCUGUGGCUGCAAGGUCAAGAGAUUUGAUUGGUUUAACCGAGGAAACAUUUGGAGGUGAAGUGUAUGGGGAGUUGUCAGAAGAUGAGGCAAGUGUUGGUGAUGGAGGUUCUGAUAAAGAUGUGGGUAUAGAUGCUGAUGGGUUUCAUGAAAAGGAUGAACAAGGGAAAUAAUGACAAUAUAAGAAUGUUGGCAUAAUAAUAGGGAUUGGUAUUUUUAAAUUUCAAUCUGUACUUAAGUGUUAAUUUUAUUUUCUUAUUGGUUCCAUAUUUUUAAAUUUAAACGAAUUUGUUGAAGGAUGUAGACGACAAUUAAGAAAUAUUUAUUACUUUUACCAUAUACUUUUUGUUUAAUUAAUUAUUUUGUGUUAUAGAAUAUAACUAGUAGCAUACAUGUAUGAUGUACAUGUAAAACAAAACUUGGUGCAUUCAAGUAUCGAAGGGAAAAUAAAAUUGAUAAAAAAGAA